AUGAUAAAUAAAAUCAAAGAGUACAUGUCAAACACACAACCAGUGGUUGAUGCCUUGAAGGAUCUGCAUAUAUAUUCAAACGACAAUCAAUUUCAAUCUCAAUAACUUAUAUCAAAUAGAUUAAGAUCAUUCUUUGAAACUUAAUAAAGUAAGAAACUGUUUUUGUAGUCAUUGUUUGAAGUAGUAUAAAAAGAGAGUGUUUAGGAAGGGAAUUUGUAAAGAAAAUUUAAAAUUUUAUUAUUGCUUCACAUCAUCCUUAGUUCAUAAGUUGGGCGUUCAGAAUUAUCAAAAAUCCUAAUAUCCAAACAAGUGAAUUUAAAAACCCAAAAUCCAAUAUCAUCAAAAUUGGGUGUAGUCUGUCAACAUUAUUAUCAUUAUCUAUAUAAAUUGGCAUCUCAAACUACAUUUAUUAAUGAGGAAGUGGUUGAUGGAGACUUGCUCAUUUAUUUUACUCUAUCAAAUUAAUGCUAUAUUGGAAUGGGCAUGCAAAAGAUAAUUGAAAACGUUGAUUCAUUCCAAACUAAUCCGUUAUUGGCUAAUAUUAUCAAGUUCAUCUAUUAUGAUUUACAGGAUAUCUUUAUCUUCAUCUUGAAAGACAUUAAAUGUCUAAUAGAGAAUAAAGAAGAAACCAAGUAUUCAAGGGAAUAAAUGUUAGAACUCUACAAAGAAUGUUAGGUCUUAUAAAAAAGAAUGCUAGACUUCUAUCGCUUCAACAGACAUUUCGAUCACUUUCAACAGAUAAUGCCUCCCUAUUCUCUGGCCAUUAAUAAGGAAUCAAUAGGCAAACUAUUAAAUAGUCAGCCCAAGAUGAAUUCUUUGCAAUAAAUUAUGAACUAGCAGGAAAGUCAUCAUCUUCAUAAAUAGUAGCCACAAACUUCAAAAUAGAAGAAUUCCAUAAAAUUUGAGUUUAAAGAAAUGAAAAGACAAUAGUCAGAUUCAAUUUAAUUUUCAUUCUCAAAUUGA